AUGGCCACCACUAUUAAUAGGAUAACCGAAGUGCUAGAACGUUUGACGGACCGUCAAGGUCCUGGACCAGUGCAUCAACAACCUGGUGGGCAGUUAGAUACUGAAGAUAGGGCCUUGGAGAGGUUCCUAAAGUUUGGGCCGCCUAAGUUUCAAGGUGGGCCAGAGCCUGAAAUAGCUGAGGGAUGGUGGGAGAGAAUAUCUGAUAUUUUUGCCACAUUGGAUUACACUGAGACGCGGAAAGUGACUUUUGCGUCAUUUCAAUUUGAAGGAGCUGCACGGUCUUGGUGGAAUCUAAUUAAGGAUAAGUGGGAUAGAGACCGUACCCCUAGUACUUGGGCAAACUUCACCCGUGAGUUUAAUGCCAAAUUUCUUCCACCUCUAGUCCAAGAGAAAAGGGAGGAUGACUUUAUUAAGUGCAAACAAGGGGCCAUGAGUGUAGCAGAGUAUGAAACCAACUUUACUAAAUUAGCCCGAUAUGCCCCUGACCUGAUAGCCACUGAGCAGAGACGCAUUAGGAGAUUUGUGCAAGGGCUCAAUGUGGAGAUUCAAGAGGGGCUAGCCACUGCUCAAAUUAACACGUAUAGUGAUGCCGUAGAGAAAACUCAGAGGUUUGAGACGGCUAGAGCCCAAUCUAAGUCAUUCUUUGCUAGGAAAAGGAAUGCCCCUAGUGGUAGCAGGGACCCAAUUUCUACAAGUGCCCCACCGCCUAAGAUGGGUAGAGCAACUGGAGUAGUGAAUAUCCCUAGUGCAUCGAGAGGUGCUUUAGCAAGGGGUGCUGGAGCUAGAGGCCCUGGGGCGAGAGGAUCUGGAGGGAAAGGAGGUCAAAGUGGAAGGGGACCCCCUAGGAGUGCUCCACAAGGUGUACAAGUGUCAACCCCUCAGAUAACCUGUGGUUACUGUGGAAAAGCCAAUCAUACCGCAAAUGAGUGUUGGAGAAAAGAGGGCAAGUGCCUCAGGUGUGGAAGUGCUGAGCACCAAAUUGCUAAUUGUCCUAAGAUUUCCGAGAAUGGGGGAAGCCAAGGAGGUGCCACAAGUUCUAGGCAAACUGCUUCUGGAGGGAGUCGGCCGAAGGUCCCGGCCAGGGUUUAUGCCCUAGAUAGUCAACCUGCACCUGACCCUUCGGAGGUAGUCGAAGGUACACUUCCAAUCUUUCAUCGAUUAGCUAAGGUUUUAAUUGAUCCCGGUACGACUCAUUCGUUUGUUAAUCCUGCUUUUAUGUGUGGAAUUGAUGUAAAACCUGUAUGA